GUUUGCCACUCAAUUCGACACGACUUCGAGUCUCCCAACCUCCAACCCUCCGCCGAUGCAUUAUCUCUCUAGAUCUGAGCUCAAUUCUAUUCUCAAUCUCAGCACCUCCCGCAUCCAUAGCGGCUAGAGCUUCGAGCUCGUGCGACUUCAAAAUUAUAAAAAUCUCGCGGGUUCAUGUGCAUAUUGUACGGCCGAGGCUCUAGGGUUUUGCGGCCGAAUUUCUGUGCAGUCAACUCCGCAUCUAACUUGGCUGCGCCGGAAUCCGGUAAAAAGGAGCAGUGCAAUUUUUAUAAUUGAUUGGAUUUUGAAGGAUUGUUGUGCCAACUGUAGUUUAGUUUGAAGCUUAAAAGGGGGAAUGUUUGAGUAGUUGUUAUUCGGUUGGUUAUUUAUUUGUUUAUUUUUAAUUCUUGAUAUUCAUGGGUAAUUUGGGAGUGGUUUUCUGAACAAUGGCACUGAAGCUUCCAGCUGCUGAAGCAGCCAAGGCAGCCAUUCUGUCGAUAGGAUGCGGCUAUGAUAUAUCCUUGGACUUGCGGCUUAAAUAUUGCAAGGGGGAUCCAUGUAGUCGGCGUUUGAUUGAGAUUGACGAGGAUAAGGGCCGAGAGAUUGUUCUUCCUGGUGGGAUUUUGGUCCCGGAUGUACCCAAGUCCAUCAAAUGUGAUAAAGGAGAACGCACAAGGUUCCGGUCUGAUGUUCUGCCUUUCCAGCAGAUGUCAGAGCAGUUCAACCAGGAUAUAUCUUUGACUGGUAAGAUUCCCUCGGGGCUCUUCAACGCCAUGUUUGAUUUUUCGGGUUGCUGGCAGAAGGAUGCAGCCUACACCAAGACCCUUGCUUUUGAUGGCGUCUUCAUCACUUUGUACACUAUUGCGCUAGAAAAAUCUCAGAUGGUGCUGUGUGAUCACGUGAAGAAAGAAGUCCCUUCAACGUGGGAUCCUGCAGCAUUGGCAAGGUUCAUUGAGAAAUUCGGUACUCACAUUAUAGUUGGCAUAAAGAUGGGAGGAAAGGAUGUUGUAUAUAUGAAACAACAGCACUCCUCAUCACUUGAACCUGCUGAUGUGCAGAAAAGGUUAAAGGCAGUAGCAGAUAAGAGGUUUUGCGACGCAAGUGAACAGUAUGGAACAGAUUCUGAACUGGGGUAUCAGAAUGACAAGUUUGAAAACAGGGAGACAAGACUGAGGUUUGCUGAAGCUAGCACAUCAAGUUCAUAUGUGUACAAGGAGGACAUCAUGAGCAUUUGCAAGAGGAGAGGUGGAAGUGAUUACAGAAACCUAACUCAUAAUGAAUGGUUACAUACUGUUCAGCUAGAACCAGAUGCGAUCUCAAUGUCCUUCAUUCCAAUAACAUCCCUGCUCAAUGGCAUCACUGGAAGUGGAUUUCUGAGUCAUGCUAUAAAUUUGUACCUGCGCUAUAAACCACCCAUUGAAGAGCUUCAUCAGUUUUUGGAAUUUCAGCUGCCAAGGCAAUGGGCACCAGUGUUUAGUGAUCUUCCUCUUGGUCCACAAAGAAGGCAGCAAAGUACAGCUUCUUUACAAUUUAGUUUUCUGGGUCCAAAGCUGUAUGUAAACACUGCUCCGGUUGAUGUUGGCAAGAGGCCUGUAACUGGCCUUCGAUUGUACCUUGAAGGUAAAAGGAGCAAUCGCUUGGCCAUUCAUUUGCAGCACCUCUCAUCUCUUCCAAAAAUAUUCCAACUUGAAGAUGAUCCACACAGAAACUUCCAUCGAGAACCACAUGAUCGCAAGUACUAUGAGAAAGUUCAAUGGAAGAACUUCUCCCAUGUCUGCACAGCACCUGUUGAUUCUGACGAGGAUCUUUCCAUAGUCACUGGAGCGAAACUGGAAGUCGGUGACUAUGGGUUGAAAAAGGUUCUUUUCCUAAGGCUCAAAUUCUCUACUGUUCUGGGUGCUACAAUGGUAAGACAUUCGGAGUGGGAUGGCUCACCUGGUUUGGCCCGCAAAUCUGGAUUAAUAUCAACUCUGAUUAGUCAUCAUUUUACAUCAGUUCAGAAGCCGCCUCCACAGCCAGCUGAUGUCAAUAUUAAUUCCGCUGUUUAUCCUGGUGGUCCUCCCGUUCCCAUUCAAGCACCUAAACUCUUGAAGUUUGUUGAUACAACUGAGAUGACUAGAGGCCCACAAGAAACACCUGGUUAUUGGGUUGUUUCAGGGGCAAGGCUCAUGGUUGAAAAGGGAAGGAUUUCCCUCAAGGUCAAGUAUUCUCUACUCACUGUAAUACAACCUGAUGAAGGAACACUCGAGUAAACCAGAGGCAGGCCUUUUUAUAGACCCUCUAGAAAGUGGAAACACAGUAUUCAGCGAGUUCCUAACUAAACCUUGGAGGGAAACUAUGGUGAUCUUUAGCAGUUCCAAGCAACAACCUCGGAGGGUAACUAUGGUGAUCUUUAGCAGUUCCAAAGAACAUGCAGAAUCAAUGUAGUUCCUCAUUCCUUAUAAUGGUGGAAGCACCUUUAAUUCAAAACUGGUGAAAGAGCCAAAAGGGAGAACCUUGCUCUGUUAGUGUGUCUUUGUCAUUGUUCUUAGAUUUGUUUUUGCCAAGCGUUCUGUAAGUGUAACUCUAGUGUAUUUACAUAAAAAUAUGUUUAAUCUAUUGCACUCUUCCUCAA